AGAAAAUUGUGAAGUUGCGUUGCAAAUAAAAAUGUUCAAAUUUUUCCAAAUAAUCAAAAUUAGCUUAUAACGAUUAAAUAAUAAUAUAUAUCAAAGCUAAAAAAAAGGCAGUUUGGAUUCACCACACAAAUAAAAAGUCAACAAUGGCAUCAAUUAAUGAUAUACCGAAUGAAAUUCUAGAGUUCAUAUUCAGUCUACUUCCUCCGUAUCAAGACCUAGAGCAGUGUGCAUCAGUUUGCAAACGUUGGGUUUCUCUGGCCAACAAUGUGCGAAUACGCAAGAAAGCAUGUUUGCAGAAAGGGCUUAUGGAUUUCAACCUCUGCUGGAAGGAGGAAAUUUUUACUGGAGGGCAAAUGCCGAAUAUAGCCGCCCGUUUCGCCCAUGCCAGUUCGCUACAUCGAAAUUCUAUGUAUGUUUUCGGAGGAGCUUCAUCGUACGAUACGACCUUCAACGACCUAUGGCGAUUCGACCUGGGUCGUCGAGAAUGGAUUCGUCCGAUAUCGAUGGGUACUUACCCUUCCCCGAAAGCAGGUGCUUCGCUAGUCUGUUUCGGUAAUUUAUUAGUUCUAUUUGGUGGAUGGAGGCACUCUUAUACUCCGUUUCAAAUGUGUACCUUGUUUGAUGAGCUACAUUUGUACAAUAUUGCUGAGAAUAGAUGGACAAUACAUAAUCUAGCUUUCGGUCCACCGCCAAUGACUGGUCAUUCAGCAACUGUGCAUCAAAAUAAAAUGGUUGUUUUUGGUGGCUAUCAGAAAACUAUGGAAAAUAUCGGCACGACGAACGAUAUUUGGGUGCUGGAUUUGGAUAAUUUGACUUGGAAAAGACCCACAGUUGGGGAACAAAAACCCCCUGCUCGUUACGGACAAUUCCAAAUGGCUAUCGGGAAGGAUCACAUUCUUGUCUUAGGUGGUACAGGUGGAGUGAAUAGAAUUUUUAACGAUGCUUGGUUACUAGAUAUGAGAAACGAUAUUUGGCGCUGGAGAACUGUUCAAAUCAAAAACAAGAAGAGUACCGUAACUCAUAACUGGAGCUACCCUGCUUGUAACGUUGGAUCCAAAAUUGUAGUCUUAGGACCAACUUCGCCAAAUGAUUUUCAAAUCAUUCGUCAGCAUAGGCCGACGAAUCAUGGACUGCAUCCUCCAAACCUGGGCAGAGCUAGAUCAAGCAAUCAGGUCGAACGCAAUAGAGUUUCAGCGAAUGAACAAAACAUUCCACCGCGUCAAAAUCCUGUCCCAUCGCCGCCACCUCCUCCACCACCGCCUGCACCAGCACCGUCUAGCUUACGUCAGCUGGAGCCCCAGCCCGGUCCUUCGAGAUCAUCUUUUUCUUUUUCACCAAGACAACCGACAGCAGGACCUUCAAGUUCCCUGUCUCUCAAUCGCCUACCUAGCUAUCUUUUACAUCGACGGCAGCAACAAGAUGAUGAUCAUAUGCUGCCAAAACGCUUCAACCAAUCAAGUCCUCCCGACAACGGUCACAUGGCAAUGGCUGCAUUCAGCGUCCCUCCAGCUAACCCUCCCCCUUCGCAUGUUUCACGCGAACGUCAAUUGGAGCGACUUCGUAAAAUGGAAGAAAAGAUCUCCGCUAUGCGACGGAUAAAAGAGCAGGAGCAACGUGAACAGGAGCUAGCAGCAGCGGCGGCAGCAGCUGCAAAAGCCACACAGGAACAAUUCGUAACAUCCAAACGAAUCAAACGAAACGGAUUAGCGAUUUAUGUAUGUGAUAUAUCCCAGCUGCUGACAAACGACAGCCAAAAUCCAGUUAUCGAAUGGCAAGAAACUAAAAACAGUGGUCUCAUUGUCGGUGCACCAGAUCAUUUCACAUUCUCCACGAUGGUCGGUGGAACGGGAGAGCUUAUUGUUUUCGGUGGUUUGAAUAAGAAUCCGAAAUCAGAAAGCUCUAGUGUAACCAAUUCUGUUCAUUUUCUAACAGUUCCCACGGCAGUUGUGUGAGGAAAUAUAGCAUAAGCAAAUUAUGAUAAAAAUCGAGUGAAUUAGAUGGCCGAUUUUUAUUUCGAACAAUUGAAUUUCUAUCACUUAAGCACUGUUUCCAUCGUUUGAAAGAAAAACUGCUCCUUAGAAGUCGAUCCUAAUAAACGUCACUAAACAUUAAA